GAGAGAAAUAUAUAUACAGUAUACACACACUCACACAGAUAGAUGUAGAGAGAGAAAAAUGGACAUAAUCACGGUUUCUCUUGCCCUGGAAAUGGAAAAUAGAGGGUCGACUCCGAGCGAAAGUCCCGCGCUUUCUGCAUAGGAAUUUUUAAUAUCCAUGUUUGAUCCUGUAAUUUCAACAUCUUCAGAUCUUCUUUACCUAAUUCAUACAUGUAUAGUUAUCUACUCACUAUAAUUACCUUCCUAUUCUGUGUCACACUCACUUCGCUUUCUAUAUCUAUAUAUAUAUACUCCUCUCUCUCUCUCUCUCUCUCUCUCUAAACAGUCUGACUGAAUUCUUUUCAUUCUCUUCUUUUAACGUUUUCUCUCUCUCCACAGCGAUAAUCUUUAGAUCCGUACGGGGAGUGAUUUGGACCGCAAGAUGCUUGGACUGUGAAGUUUGACCAAGUCGCGAUCAGAGUCGGGGAGAGGGGGAGUGCGUCGUAACUAAGCUCGAUGGGGCAGUGCUACGGCAAGACCAUUCCUACCGGCGACUACGACGGGACAACAAUCACCACCACUGUGGCCAACGAUGACGGCCGAGCUGGCGAUAGAUCGCCGCCGAAUCCAUCGGGGACUUCCGCUAAUAACGGCGUCGUUAACACCCCAGCGGUGAAGAACACACCGGCUCGAUCGUCGGUGGCGAGUCCGUCGCAGAGUCCUUACCCUCAUGGCGCGCCGAGUCCGUAUCCGGUGGGAGUGUCUCCAUCUCCGGCGAGGGCGACACCGAGGAGGUUCUUCAAGCGGCCGUUCCCACCGCCCUCGCCGGCGAAGCACAUCAAGGCUUCGCUUGCGAGGCGGUUCGGCCAUGCGAAGUCGAAGGAGGGACCGAUUCCCGAGGACGGUACUAUGGAGUCGGAUCAAUCGCUCGAUAAGAAUUUCGGCUAUAAUAAGAAUUUUGGUGCAAAGUAUGAAUUGGGGAAAGAGGUCGGCAGGGGGCAUUUUGGUCAUACGUGCUAUGCGAGGGGCAAAAAAGGGGAGCUAAGGGACCAACCUGUUGCUGUCAAGAUCAUCUCCAAAUCGAAGAUGACAACAGCGAUAUCAAUUGAAGACGUUCGUAGAGAAGUAAAAAUAUUGAAAGCUCUGUCAGGGCAUAAGCAUCUGGUCAGAUUUUAUGAUGCAUGUGAGGAUGUGAAUAACGUUUACAUAGUCAUGGAAUUAUGUGAAGGUGGUGAACUACUCGACAAAAUAUUGUCAAGAGGCGGAAAAUACACGGAAGAAGAUGCUAAACUUAUUGUUGUACAAAUAUUAAGUGUGGUUGCAUUUUGUCAUCUUCAAGGUGUUGUGCACCGUGACUUAAAACCUGAGAAUUUCCUAUUCACCUCCAGAGAUGAAAAUGCUGAUAUGAGGCUUAUUGAUUUUGGUCUUUCCGACUUCAUCAAACCAGAUGAAAGACUUAAUGACAUUGUUGGAAGUGCAUACUAUGUGGCUCCAGAAGUCCUUCAUAGAUCUUAUAGUUCUGAAGCAGAUAUUUGGAGUAUAGGUGUUAUCACCUAUAUCUUGUUAUGUGGAAGCAGACCCUUCUGGGCAAGAACAGAAUCAGGCAUUUUUCGAGCUGUGCUAAGAGCUGAACCAAACUUUGAUGAUUUACCUUGGCCUUCUGUGUCGCCGGAAGCAAAGGACUUUGUGAAGAGGCUCCUGAACAAGGAUUACAGGAAAAGGAUGACUGCCGCUCAAGCCCUGACACACCCAUGGUUGCGGGGUCAAAGUGAGACUAUUCCUUUGGAUAUAUUGAUCUAUAAAUUAGUCAAGUCAUACCUUCAUGCUACACCUUUCAAACGUGCAGCCCUAAAGGCUCUCUCAAAAGCGUUAACAGAGGAUGAGUUGGCUUAUCUUAGAGCUCAGUUCAUGCUCUUGGAACCUAAUAGAGAUGGGCGUCUCUCUCUUGAUCAUUUCAGAAUGGCCCUUGCACGAAAUGCAACUGAUUCAAUGAAGGAGUCCAGGGUUCCUGAUAUUCUAAAUGCGAUGGCACCGCUCUCCUAUCGAAAGAUGGACUUUGAAGAGUUUUGUGCAGGUGCAAUUAGCACAUAUCAACUUGAGGCACUUGAACAAUGGGAGCAGAUUGCAUCUACAGCGUUUGAGCAUUUUGAACAGGAGGGUAAUCGAGUGAUUUCUGUGGAAGAAUUGGCUCGGGAAUUGAAUAUAGGCCCAACAGCUCAUUCAAUCCUCAGAGACUGGAUCAGGAGCUCUGAUAGAAAGCUUAGUUUACUUGGUUAUACGAAAUUUUUGCAUGGCGUGACACUUCGCAGCACACAUACAAGACAACAGUAGGGUUUUUUUUUUUUUUUUUUGUAGCCUUUGAUAGAAUGAUAGCAGUUCAAAUUCAUUGCAUUCAAGGAUUGGGAACAAAUUUUCUUUUAUUUUUCUUCCCCCACCGCCUGGGGUGGGAAAAGGAAAAUGUGUACAAAUGAAUAUAAAAUCUGAGUCAGCCGGAAAUUUGUUUUGGGGAAAUUCUAGUUGAAGAAUUUUCUCAAUGCUCAUUUUCUUUGCACAUUCUAAAUUUAUUUGGGGUUAUCAAAAUUUUAAUUUUA